GAAAAAGGAAAAAGAAAUUAGAGUGGAAAAUAUUUCUAAUUUAUCAAAUAUAGAUAAAGACAUCAAUGUAAUAAAUGAAAAGGAGGAAGUUUCAUAUAUUCCGUCAAAUAAGAAUGUUUUAAAUGAACAAUUAUUUAAGAAAAAUAAAAAAAGAAAAAUAUUGCUGAUACAGAAAUGAAAGAAGAAAUAUUUGAAGAUAUUAUUGAAAAAAAUUUAGAAAAUCAUGAUAAAAAUGUAUAUAAUGAAGAAAAAAGGAAAAAGAAAAAAGAAAACACAAUUAAAGAUAUUUCAAAUCUUACAAAUUCUGUAAUUGAAAAAACUAAAGUAAUAAUGAAACAUAAAAAAGACUCGGAUGAUCUGCCAAAUAAUAAUAUUUCAAAUGAAUUGUCUAAAGAAAAGAAAAGAAAACAGAAAUUAUUAAAAGAAGUUGCUUUACAAGACAAAGAAGAAUUACUUGAAAAAAUACCACAAAAAAAGCAAAAAUUAUUAUUAAAAAAUACUUCAAUGUCUAAUACAAUACAAAAACGAAAGCAAUUGGAAACCUAUGAAUCCAAACCUAAUAAAAAAAGAAAGAUAUUUGUAAAACAGGAUUUUAGUUUACCAAGUAAUUCUGGAAGUACUACUGAUUUUGAUGUUAUUGAUAUACAAAAGAUUAGAAACAAAAAAAAUAUUUCAUUUCGAGAUAGAAUGCUUGCUAGAAAUUCAAGACAAUCUGUGUCUAUUUAUAUGAAAUAUUUAAAAAAACAGGAAAUGAAAUCUUCUGUUAAUAAUUUUAUGUUUCAUUAAAUUUAUUAUAUCAUUCUUUAACUGUAGCAAUGAUAUAAUUAAAAAUUUGAAAAAACCAUUAUCAUUUUUAUUAUAAAAUAUUGUAAAUGCAUUUUAAGAUUAUGUAUUUUCAAUUUGACAUUUUGACGUGAAUUUCUUAUGCAGUUUUUAUAUAUAUAGCAUUCAGAAUAUUUUCUUUUAUAAAUAUUUGAAUUUUUUUCUUUAAAUUACAGAAUAAUUAAAAUAUUUUUAACCAUAUACAGGAUGUUCUAUGUAAAGUGAACUUCCUAUAAUGCUUACGUUUUUUUUACUAUAUUUUUAUGAAUUUAAAACU